AGUCCGACCACCGAGCGAAACGGUGGGCAAGAAUUUUCGGGAAAACGAUUUUUAACGACCGGUCGAUUUUUCGGUUCUGCUGAUUCUAAUCUCGUUGAUUUUCGUUCGGUUUUUGAGAAGAAAAAAAUCUGUGACAGUAUUCCAAAGCGACAGAAACGAUUCUACGGGUUUUUAUCCAAUAAUUUCUUUCAAAUUUGUUUGAAAUAAAUAACUACGGAGUUUCGAGUUCGCGAAACGCGGAUUGGUGAAUUUUGAGAUCGAGGGAAGAAACGGGGAAGAAAAAUUGGAUCGCAAAAUGUUGGCCGCGUCGAUGUGCCGUGAGGUCCAUUUUACCGUUUUGCCGUCAACGUUAGCGUCCUCCGUACCGAGGUGUCUUUUCGGUCCGCCAAAUUCUAAGGAUACGGUUGAACUUCUCCAGGAAGCAUUGGACAUGGAGAGAUCGAGAUUCGCGAGAAGAUGGGGUGUCGAUCCGCGGGAAGAAGAUAAAGAGAACAACGAUUCGUCCGGCGGAUUACAACAGAUCCAAAAGAGAAAGAUCGGCGAAAAAUCACCGAGAAAGAGACACGCGCCGUACGCGAGACAAAGUAACAUUCACGAUUUCUGGCGUCCCCGUAAAAGUUACGAUGGCAUCGGCAAGAAAGCAAUCAGUAGUACAGUUUCAUCGAACGAGGCUACAAAACAGCAAAUUACCGAAAAUCUGCAGCGCUCAUAAACAUCUUCUUCAUUAUCGUGAAGCAGAGUACCCUGAAUAAAUCGGGACAACGAGAGACACGGUAUAAAAAAAAAAAAAGAAAAAUGGGCUGACAGCAAAAAACAAAAAGGACUAAGAACAAAAAUCGUCAGCCGAUUUUAUACGCGGAGACUGUACUUGUAUUAUCCUAGCUUGUAUAUUUUUUACUAUUAUUCUUAAUAUCGCUACUAUAAUUAUCAUACAUUACCUAAUUAAGUUUAUUGUUUCUGUUUUUCUUAUGCGUAUUUUUUUUCUGAAUAUUUGUUAUCGAUUCGCGAAAGAUUAGGAUAUUAGUAAUGGAGUUCGAGGUGAAUUUUGGAAACGUAUGUAAAAAAAAAUUAAUGAUAAUGAUUUCCAAAUUUCGUCGCAUUCGAGCUGGUAGGUAUACCGCAGAAAAUUGCAGAUCUGAGUGAAAAGGGAAAAGGUAAAUUUUUUACAACGUAAAUAAUUGCAUAACCACAUCCGGCUAAUUGAUCGUUAAAUUAUUUAACCGACGCGAAUUUUUCUUUAUCUAAAAACAAAAUAAUAGUUCUUUGCCAAAUCGUCUAUAUGACAACGCCAAUGGUUGUGUCAGACUGUUGCCCAGACUGUUACGUGUUUAAAAUAAUAGGAACAACAAUUAUCAUCGUCAGGAUGUUUUUUUUUUUUUUUUUUUUUUUUUCACUCAAGAACUCCAAAUUCACCGGAAGCCUCGAGCGUUGUUUCUAAACUGAACAACAAAUGCAGCACCUCCAAAGACUAACUACUAAAAAAAAAAAUAUUGAAAAGCAGAAAGAAAAAAAAAACUCGAACGAGAAGAUGAGAAUAUAAAUUCACAAGACAAGCGAACAGAAAAAGAAAAAAACUGGAAAGAAAAACUCUUCAAAAUCGAGUCUUCGGUCUCACCGUUUGUUUAAAUUAUAAGUAUAGAGACGAGAAAAAAAAAAAAUUCCUAUGUAUAAUAUCUCAUGCGUUUAGAUUUAAACAAACUUUCUAGUCACCUUAGACUUAAGUAAGGAUAUGACUUCAUUGAACAUGAUAAUUAUACCUAAUAAAGAAAAAACUAUAGAUAAAAAAAAAAUUUAUUAAUCGUCGAUGAU